UAUACCCCCAGGCGCUUACAGCAUGCAACAAUGUGGCACAUCAAACACCAAGCAGCGUUACGAGGUCAUCCUGGCGGCUGGACAGUGAUACCAUGCAAAUUAUCCAUCAUGAAAUGCAAUUACGCUUCGUAUGUUCUCGUCUUCGAAAAUGGCCGACAUCUUCACCCCAUUGCGCCCUAAAGGAAAUGCAGCUCCCCGGGGAGAAGAUGCAGAGCCGACCCAAACCAAUGAAGCCACUUCACCAUACCAAACGGCAUUCCAAGCAAAUGACGUACUUUUUUACACCGCCAGCAGCGACGACAACAUCUGCGCACGUUGCAGAAGCCUGGACCGAACAUCUCUCUCCGGCCCGCCCUUCCCCCUGGCUACACCGUCUGUUCAGUUCCUAAACCCGUCCACCGAGCUCCAACCCACCCUACACGAAUUUCUGCGAGAGUCCAUGCGCCCAUCCUGCACGAUUUGCGUCCAGUUACUGCAGCUCCUGGAUAUUCGCGGUGACCGGCCCGACCGCCUUAGAAUAUGGUGGAACCAGUACCGCGCGGCGCCUGGUGGGAGCUACGUGCACUCGUGUCGAAUCGACGCCCCCAAGGGAUACUACGAGGAAUUCUCGCUUGUGAAUGUGCACGUGGGGGCUGAGAGGGAGGAUCAGGGAAGAAAAAUGCCCAGGGACACACCGGACUAUGCUGCCAUCAAGCGCUGGCUCCGGUACUGCCACCAACAACAUCCUCUGUGCGCCACGGCGCCGAACCAAAGCACGCCCAGUCUCCGAGUUAUAGAUUGCAAGGCCCGAUCACUAACCAUAAUCCCGCCGUCGUGUCCCUACGUGGCACUGAGUUAUGUAUGGGGAAUCGCUGGCCGCGCCGACCAUCCUGCGCUCCAUCUACCACCGACGCUGCCUAGGACCAUCGAAGAUGCGAUGGAAGUAGCACUAGAGCUAGACGUGGGUUACUUGUGGGUAGAUAGGUACUGCAUCAACCAGGUUGACCAGGAGGAGAAGGAAAGGCUGUUCGCGAUGAUGGACGUGAUAUACCGGAACGCCGAGCUUACCAUCAUCGCGGCUGCAGGUAAUGGUCCGGAGAUGGGCUUACCCGGCGUGCGGCCGGGCUCGAUGAUGCCGCAUGAAAAAUUGCAUGUAGGGAUCCAUUCAUUUUCUGUGGUUCCGCUGCACCACAGCGAACUGCGGCGAUCGAAGUGGAAUACACGUGGGUGGACCUACCAAGAAGCCCGCCUCUCCCUCCGCCGGCUCCUCUUCCUCCCUUCCCAGCUAGCCCUCCAAUGCCCCUCUUCUGUUCACCUCUCCGCGCUGCACCCACCCCUCGCCGACCCCACCACCUCCUUUACACCAACGCACACCUCCUACACCUCCCUCGCCCCCUUCCGCCACCCGAUAUCCUCCCAAGGGUCAUCCUUCGUCUGGACCCUCCGUACAGAUCUCUACACCUACUACGAGCGUGAAUUGACUUAUUCAUCCGACGCACUGAACGCGUUCCAAGGCGUCGUCAAUUCCUACAAGCACCACGCGGAGUUGAAAGGCGUCCUCGCGCACUUCUGGGGACUGCAUAUCUUCGCGCUGCCCCAUCUCACUGCUCAAAGCGCGUUUCUGGCCGAGCUCGCAUGGUUCGUGGUCUCGCGGAGUGGGUAUUUCUUCAGCGCGCCGGAGCAGCCUGCGUACAGCAGAGAGGUCGCCAAGUUCCCAUCGUGGUCCUGGGCCGGGAAAAUGGCAAACGACAUGUCCACGUGUACGCCACGCACCGCGCUCAGGCACAAGGAGAGGGAAGGCCGGGAUCCGUUUGAGGCCGGGACUUCGACGAGGCUUGCGCUCGCUGAUGAUGUGGCAAUUACCUUUACGCAUGCUGAGGGUAGGCAGGUCGGUGUAGAGGAGUUUGUGCAGAGGCAGUAUAAUUACCUUUCUUUCCACCCUAGCUUCUCGAUCACGGCUUGGACUGUAAAAGGAAGCAUACGGACCGUUAUACCGCUGGACCGCCACGAGACGUUUCGCGAAGAGGGGAUUGACGGGGGGUAUGAAGAGCUGGAUUUGGAUUACUGCGUUGAGUGGGCGCGGGGGGAGGGCAGUGUGGUGGUGGUAUUCCUGGGGGCGUGGGUGAAUGUUGAUGAGGUAGAUGUGUGUGAAUAUGAUGGCGAUGGGUAUGAGACUGGAGGAGAUAGGUGUUGCGAUGUACACUGUUUGCUGUGCGAGGAAGUUGCGUCGGGGACAGUACGGAGAUUUGGGCUGUGGAGUGUGGGUGUUGAUAACCAUGGGGAGGUGGCAAGUACGCAAGAGGUUUUGCGCAGCUUGUUGAAGAUGCGGGUUAUUUUGCCGAAUGGGCAGUGGGAGAGGAGGGAUAUACGGCUUGUGUAGGAACGUUGUUAGAGAUAGGGCCUGGGUCAUCCCUGCGGCCAAACUGCAGAGAGGGUGAGUAAAUCUGUUCUUUAGAUAGAUC